GAAGGCACACUGACAGAACCGAUAAGCAUCAUUAAAUUUCCCAAUUUGGUCCACUCUCGAACUACAACUCAUUUCACUCUCACAGUCUCACUCCACCAACAAAACAAAAAAUGAUGAACGCAACUCGAGCAGAAGCAGAACGGUUACUCGGAAUCUCAGAAAAACUUUUACAAAACCGAGAUCUAAAGGGUUCAAAAGAAUUCGCAAUCUUAGCCCAAGAAACCGAACCUCUUCUAGAAGGUUCCGAUCAGAUCUUAGCAAUCGUCGAAGUUCUCAUCGCCUCCGAAAAACGCAUCAACAACAACCCUGACUGGUACUCCAUCCUCCAAAUCGAUCGCAGAUCCGACGACCUCGAACUCAUAAAAAAACAGUACCGCCGUCUUGCUCUCCUUCUUCAUCCCGACAAAAGCCGAUUUCAUUUCGCCGAUCACGCUUUCAAGCUUGUUGCUGAUGCUUGGGCUGUUCUCUCCGAUCCAAUUAAGAAAUCUCAUUACGAUAAAGAUCUAUCGUAUUUUGCUCGUGUUGAUUUAUCGGUUCCCGGUUGGGUUCAGCAAGAUAAGUUACCGGUUCGAAGAACCGUUCCCGGUACUGGUACUGGGUCUGGUCCACGGAACAGUGCGGCUUCUGCUAGAGAUGAGAUAGCGGCAGAUGUUCGUAGGAACGCGACGUUUUGGACGGCGUGUCCUUACUGUUACCGUUUGUAUGAGUACCCUAAGGUUUAUGAGGGUUACUGUUUGAAAUGUCCUAAUUGUGAGAGAUCUUUUCAUGGUGUAAAUGUUCCGUCUUUACCGCCGUUAGUUCCGGGGCAAGAAGCUUAUUAUUGUUGCUGGGGUUUUUUCCCCAUGGGGUUUGUGCAUGGUGGUUCUGUUGAGAAAGAGGCUGAGCUGGCACCUGAGGUUGUGCCGGAUGAACCUGCUCCGGUGCCAAUAGCCGUUCAGCCUGCUUCUUCACUUCCUAAUUGGAUGCCGGCGCCUGUACCUGUGGAGAAUGGUAGGAAUAAUGUAAUGCCAGUGCCACCAGUGUCAGCUACGGUUACUACACCAGCUAGGGUGACAACAAGGUCAGGUGUUGUUACCGGUGGUGUUGCAAAUGGUGUUGCUGGUUCGGGAUCAGGUCCGAAGAAGCGGGGAAGGCCAAGGAAGUAUUAUUAAUGUGAGAUUGGGAAGCGACCGGACUCAAGAAUGUUAGAAAGCGCUAUUGCAUUUGGGCUUUUUUCGGAGCUGGAAUGUGCAAGAUGUUUGAUAGUUUUAGGUAAGAGUGGAAGUUGGUUUAAAUGGAUAGUUUGUAGGCAAUGUUGUUGUUGUCUUGUUUAAUUUCUUGUUUAUAUAGAUAUAGUUAACUUAAUUGUCUUAUUAUCGGUAUAUUUAACUCUUUGAUAUCUGCUAUUAGGGUUGAAUCACCAUUUCUGCUAGUUGGUAAGAAGGGGAACAAUGUCACUUGUUGGUUAUUGUUGAAAUUGAAUGCACAAAGCCUUGACUGCUAA